UUUUAGUUCAAGUAGUCGGUCAUACUGGUCAUUAAAAUAAAUAAAAUUAUACUAAAAAACAGUAGUUAGCAGAAUCAGCAAGAACGUAAUAAAAUUUUAAGAUGUUAAAUGGACAGGUUGCACACAGUUAUCUGGAGAACUCGUGCACGCUGCUGAUACCCCGCCCGCCUGCAGCGAAUCAGUCCUUAAGGUCGCCCCAUCCAGCAGCAGCAGCAGCUGCUGCUGCUUCUUCUUCCGCUGCCGAGGAGCAUGGCCAAGGGUCUGGAGCGGGGGUGGGGGUGGGGCUGGCGGGAGAAGGCGGCGCGGAGGCGGUGCAUGUGGAUCGCAUAAGAAACUGCGAUAUAUUCGUUGACGCGCACGAUCUUUACUUCUACGCAGACGUCAAGCUGUACAAAUUCCAUAGCCGCCGCACUUUCGACCUGCGGGAGCUAAAGACGCUGCUGAUAAAGUACAACACGGCGGAGAACCACUACCAGAUCUGCCUGCGCUGUCUGCCCCAAACAGCGGGUGCUCAGGAAGGAUCAGGGGGCGGGGCAGGAGGUGGUGGCACAGGAGAUGCCGCCAAGCCGAAGAGCGGGCGCAAGGACUAUAUUGCCACCUUCCUGCACCUGCCCACGCUGGCCGACGCCACCAAUGCCCAUUUGCCGGACAAGGAGCCCCUGGUCCAGGAGUGGAAACUCAGACGCAUCACCGAUCAGUGCCAACUGCAGCUUGAUGGCAACGAGCGCACCUACAAGCUGACCAACCACUUUGGCUACGGGUUCGCCAGCAAAUACAGCGGUCCGCCGAACACAAGUGAGCUGGACAGGGCGACGUGUCGUGUGUCGGAGCCACAUCGCAUGAGCCCCAUCCAACGGCGCCAGGAGCGGGUGGUCGACGAGAUGAAGCGCUUCUCGCGCGAACAGUACAAAAUGAACUUUGUGGAGCUACAGGUUCCGUCCGGUCACCAGAAUCCUCUGCGCUACAAGCCGAAAAUCUACGAGACUUCCAUGACGCAAGAGCAGGCGCAUCUACUGCACAACAUUAGCCGGGAACAGACGCAUGAGCAGCAGCCGUGGGACAUUCUGCAGCAAAACGAGAUCGACUGCGGGCUUAUUAGCAUUCUUCUGGCCAUUUGCUAUGAUGUGCGAACGACCAACAAUGAGCCGACGUGUGAGUCGGGCUGGACGCGCAGCAUCCUAUGUCCGCUGUACUGCUACUUUGAGCAGUUCGACAAUUACCGCGACGUUCUAGUGUCUUUUUUGCGACGCAUGAUCACCUACCCGCUGUACCGCAAUUUCGAGCUAGGCCGCCAGUGCGUACGAGAUGCCAUCGAAGUUCUCAAGGGCGGUCGCAACUGGUUGAUCAAUCAGCUACUGCUGACGCACCAGCAGUUCGCUGGCGGAGAUCCGAGUCGUGAUAGUUUCAACAGCUACUAUUUAGAGGACUACAUCCGAUAUGUGACCAGUCCAAGUGCCUGCAGUGAUGAGCACCUGCGCCUGCUGGCCCGCAACCUGAAGAACGUGCUGAUGGACGUGAACAAGCGGCAUCUGGGCUUGGGAGUGACCGAGAUUGAGACUGAGCUGAUCAGGGAGCUGAUGCAGGAGAUGCACCUUGACACGGGCAGCGAGGGCUCCUCACCACAGCAGCAGCAGGGCCAUGGCGACGAUGAGCUGGACCUGGAUAACGACCCGUCUGGGCAAGAGGACGAGACCACGACUGAUGACGACAGUGUCAUAACCGACUCCUUCGAUAGCAUGGACAUGGACAUGCGAUUUAUUGAGAACGAAAUCGUCUAUGAGGAUGACGAGGAGGACGAAGAGGAAGAUGACGAGGAUGAUGAUGAGGAUGGCGAUGGCGAUGGCGAUGGGGCAGACGAGGAUGACGACGACAGCAGCUCAUCCACUACCACCAGCAGUGAGGCGGAAGGUAACAGCGUCAUUGAGCAGUGCAGUAAUAGCGAGACCGCUGCCAGCAUUAGCACCAGCACCAAGUAAUAAGCCACUUCUCCCGAGUCCGGCAAGUCCUGCUCCUGCCUUGCCCAAAACAAACAAGCAACACAACCAACUUAAUGUCAAAGAACGGAGGCUAAACAGUGAUUACUUUUAAAAGUAAAAUACAAAAAUUAAAAAAAAAAAAAACCAAGCAAAGGAUGUACAUUUACACAAAAACAACCCAAAAAAUCUACUUAAAUCUUAAUUGUACAAUAAUUUAAUGAGACGCAAACUCAAAGAUUUGUUCACGCCAAAUGCGAAAAGAUAUUUUAAUAUUUUUUCCCCUUUGCUCUACAAUAACUACGAUUAUAAUUACGCAUACAAGAAAAUCAGAACUUUAGCAUUUAGUGUGGCAUUAGAGUACGGAACAUUUGAAUUUUGAAUUCUGAAAAGCGAAAUCUAGUUGUGCAUUUUGUAUAUACAUCUAUAAAUAUAUAGAUAACGAUAUUGUUGGUGCUGCAAGCAAAGAAAACAAAUAAAAAUCAUUUAAAAUAAAUAAAAUGGAAAUGGAAAGCAACCAAGAAACUAAAAACCAACAUUUUGGGCCAAAGUCAUCAACCAGUUACCAGUUAAUGUUGUAUUGUCAUUGAAGUCGAGACAAAAAAUCAAGAAUGAAAACUAAUAAAAUUGAAAAUACUUAUUUUUUUAUCAA